AGAAGAAAAAAAUUCCAGCCACAAAACUGCACCAUGCGCCACCGCUGAGUGGGUUUGGAUUAAUCACCGGGAAGUUGUUUGUUCUCAAAUUUCAUGAGCUUGGAACAAGGUCUGACUACUUAACCGGGCCCACGCGAUGUUUUUACUUCGCUUAAUCGUUCUCAUGGAAAACAACUGCCGCUGUUGGCCGCCCGCAAUGACGCUUCUCAACAACACAGAUGGCCUAAGACAUCCAGCCAGAACCGAGGUGUAAGUCAACGUGGGGCGUCCAUCCGUGCAUCUAGCUGGAGCUAACUUUUCGAUGUAGGCUUUCACACACUUCAGGAUUUUAAUCAAAGUUGAACGAUGGCGUCACGUUGGGUUCCCCCCUGUGAAGACAAUGAGCGACAAAGAGCAAGAUCUUCAUUCUGUGAGAAUGACUCUUCAGAGUGGAGGAGCUCGGCCGAUUCCCCUGCAGUGCAAUACGCUUUAGAGGAGGAGUCGUUCUCCUGGCCGAGGCCGAAAACGGUUCGCCUACGUCGCACGUCCCAAGGCUUCGGCUUCACCCUGCGACACUUCAUCGUCUACCCCCCAGAGUCCAGCCUUCACUUCUUCCCGGAGGAAGAUCACGGGCGCAGAGGCAGGCAGAGGAACAGGCUGGAACCCAUGGACACUAUUUUCGUGAAGCAAGUCAAGGAAGGCGGCCCCGCUCAUGCAGCAGGGCUUUGCACAGGUGAUCGAAUAGUAAAGGUGAAUGGAGCAAGUAUCAUUGGGAAAGCCUACUGUGAUGUUAUAUCUCUAAUCCAAGACAGCGGAGACCUUCUUGAACUCUGUGUGAUGCCAAAAGAUGAGGACAUCCUCCAGCUGGCCUACUCCCAGGAUGCCUACAUCCGAGGCCACAGUAGUUACAGUGGAAAUGCCUGCCACAUCCCUGAUCCACCCCCAGUGUGCUACCCCAGAGUAGACUGUAAGCCUCCGGGCAUGGCCCAGGCAGCAGAGACUGUCGGGCAGGUCUGCCGAGGGCCACCAACAGGUCCCGACCAUGGUUAUCGCAAAGAGAUCACUGUACCUCCAUCUCCUCCUCCUCCUCCUCCUCCUCCUCCUCAAACAUAUCCCAAAAGCCAAAUGGCAGUGUGCAUGCGUAAUGACAGCGUCAGGACUGUGGUGGUUCCUCCAAAUGCAGCCCAUGUAGGCCGCUUAGGUCCAGCUCAAAGAAUGGAUUACGUGGACCCUGCCUUUGUUAGGGGAAGACCUGGGUCACUGGCCCACUAUCCUCGCCCUCGAAAGGCCGACGUUUAUCCCGGUGGUCCAGGAAUGGUUCCAUUUGGUCAAGGACCUCACUAUCCAGGCAAUCAUCAAAAUAUUGAUUGGCGCACUUACCAAACAUACAGGGAAUACAUUGACAACAAAGGAAUUCAUUCCCAUGGAAGUCGGACUAUACAGGAGAGACUGGACAACUUGCGGACUGCCAGUCAGCCCCCCUUUAACACCGCUCACCACAUUCCACGAGGAGACUGGGGGCCCAGGGCAAUACGACGUCGGAGUACUUCCCAUGAGCGCUCAUACCAAGGACCACCACCCAACUUUCAAAUUGCACCACGCAGUGUCUCACAGGAUCGCAUGAGUAGUGCAGAGAAGAUGAGCCAUGCAAGGAACUGGGCGCCACGGAGUGUAUCUCAAGAUGGCCUUGUUCAUAAAGCUCGGGCUCGCUCAACCGACUACGCCGAAGCUUCAGAACUGGUUCGACCCAAUGAGAGGAGAGGAGGGUAUGGAAGAGCAGACCAAAGCACAAGGCCCAGCAGACAGUCUGUUCCUAGACAUGCUAUGCUCUACAAGCCUUCAGCUGGAUACAGUGGUGGCAUGAAAGGGACACCCAACUCCUCCCUGUAUUCUAAAGGACCAGAUUCUCUUCAGACUCGUUCCUCACCCAUGCUCUCUGACCGACCUCAACUUUUCGGAAAGAGCACAAGUUCUGAACAGUCUUUCUCUGACCAAAGGGUUUCAGUCAAAGGACAGAAAUCAGGCCAUUCUAGUCAACAAAGCCUGAGCAGGACGCAGAGAGAAGCCAUGCAGCUCUUUGAAGCAGGCCGAGAUGGAGCUUUGGAAGGACUCGGUACUUUAUCUUGCUCUACCACGAAAGAGAUACCUCAGAGGCCUGGUAUCCUCAAAACAACUCCUACAAACUCUCAGAGUCAGGUCAAUGGUCAGAGCCCCACAGAGACUGAGGUGGUUCUAAGGGAGAAGCCACCUUCUGGAAAGAACCCCAGCCCCUUACGGCAUCCUUCUUAUAUCCUGGCAGUGAAUGAUGAAGGCACAGACCCAUCAGCAGAUGUUGUGGCCUGCUGGCUUCCCAAUGAUGCACGCAGAGAAAUGCACAUCCGGCGCCUCGGGGAACAACGUCAUGCCUCCAGCUCAAGCAACCUCGAUGAGUCUCUGGACUCCAUACCAUUCAUCGAUGAGCCCGUCAGCCCCAGUGUUGACCGGGAGGCUGCGCCCAUUCCUCCCUCCGCUGUGAUAUCUGUGGCACCAUCCAUCGCUACAGCACCCUCCAGUCAGGGCUCGCCGUGUCCCACCAUUCGUCGCCAGCUGUCACAUGACCAAGAGUCCCUGCGAAGUGCUCUGUUGGACUCAGACUCAGCCGCCAGUAAAACGGAACGGUCCAAGUCUUACGAUGAGGGUCUGGAUAACUAUCAGGAGGAGGGAAGAGGAAGAUCUCCAAGUAAGCACAUGACCGGCCUCAGAGGACUUAGGAAGGCGCUAGAUGGGCAUAAAUUAUCUGGGGAUUCUGGAUCUCGCCUGGACUCCUCUUCAGAUAUCUUUGCUGACUCUUCCAAAGAAGGACCGCUUAACUUCAGACAACUCAAUACAGAUAAAAAUAAGCGUGUUGGCGGAGGGAUGCGAUCAUGGAAGCAAAUGUAUGCCGUUUUACAAGGUCACACGCUGACCUUCUACAAAGACAGGAAGGAUGCAUUGUCUCAGGCCUCCGCGCCAUCCGACGAGGACCCACUUCAAAUAAGCGUCAAGGCCUGCCUGAUCGACAUCUCCUACAGCGAGACGAGGCGCAAAAAUGUACUGAGAUUAACCACCUCAGACUGCGAGUAUUUGUUCCAGGCAGAAGGGAGGGACGACAUGCUUUCAUGGAUCAGAGUCAUUCAGGAAAACAGUAAUCCAGACGAAGAGAAUGCUGCUGUAACAAGCCAGGACCUGAUCAGUAGAAAGAUCAAAGAAUACAACAUGAUGAGCGCACCAAGCAGCCGAUCAGAACCCUCCCCAAAGCCGUCCCGGCAGUCCCUCAGCAUCAAACAAGCCUUCCUGGGAGGCAAAACGGACGGCAAGAUCCACAGUCCCCAUUCGCCCAGAACAGGAGAGGAGCGAAGGGCUCUGAAAGAUGAUUCCAGUCCUCCUCGGGACAGGGGCGCCUGGAAAAUUGGCAUUGCUGGGAUCAUGAGGAAACCCUUUGAAAAGAAGACUCCCGCCGGCAUCACUUUUGGCGUCCGGCUUGAUGAUUGUCCACCUGCACAGAGCAACAGGUUUGUUCCCCUCAUCGUGGAGGUGUGCUGCAAUGUCGUGGAGGAGCGCGGACUGGAGUACACUGGCAUCUACAGGGUCCCCGGGAACAACGCUGCCAUCUCCAGCAUGCAAGAGGAACUCAACAGCAAAGGCAUGAAUGACAUCGACAUCCAGGAAGACAAAUGGCGGGACCUUAAUGUCAUCAGUAGUUUAUUAAAGUCUUUUUUCCGAAAACUUCCAGAACCUCUGUUUACAAAUGAAAAGUAUGCUGACUUUAUUGAAGCCAGCCGAACAGAAGACUCAGUGGAGAGACUCAAGGAGCUGAAGAGGCUGAUUUAUGAACUGCCCGAUCAUCACUUUGAAACUCUGAAAUUUCUCUGCGCUCACCUCAAGAAGGUUUCUGACAACUGUGAAAAGAACAAGAUGGAGCCCCGUAACCUGGCGAUCGUGUUUGGUCCUACGCUGGUCAGAACCUCUGAAGACAACAUGACCAACAUGGUCAAUCACAUGCCUGACCAGUGCAAGAUAGUUGAGAACCUCAUCCAGCAAUUCGACUGGUUCUUCAGUGAUGACUGUCAGGAGGAUCCCGUUACUACAGCUGAGCAGGAGAGCACAGUGCAGUCUCAGCCUGUGCCAAACAUCGGCCACCUGCUCUCUAAUAUCGGGCGGACUCCAACCUCCCCAGCCGAGGUCUCAGACUCAGCUGGUAGUGACUCCUCCAAAUCAAAGCAGGGCUUGUGGGGGUCAGGGAAGGAUCAGUGUAGCAAGGAAAUGCUGCGCUCCUCCUUCUUCGCCAGCCGCAAACGUAAGAAGCCCAAGGACAAAGUUCAACCCAGCAGCUCCGACGACGACCUGGAUCCCGUAUUCUCCAAGAAGGAGCUCCCGGAGGACGGCCAGCAGAAAGCUCGGUGGUCCCCAGACAGCCGGGCCGAGGAAGACGGGCAGGCGGGGGACGGCGGCCAGAAAGAGAAGCACACGGGCAGCUCGCAGGAACAGCCGAGCAAAGGCAGCAGGAAAGAGCCCCGGCCUGCGCCCCCCCUGCCCCCGCAGCACGUUUCCUCGCCCCUCCGGGCCGGGUCCCCCUACGCCUCGCCACCCCACUCCCCGAACCUCGGCUACCGUUUGCCGACGAUGGCCCACCAGUCCUCCCUGUCCGACCCGCCCUCCAACUGUGACGACACAGUGUCCGACCUCGGUACGAUGAACAGCACCAGUUCGCAGGCGUCCAUGCCCAGAGCGCGCCGCGGCAAGGCGGCGGCGGCGGGGGCGACCGGCGCAGAGACGUGCCCCAGCGGGCUGGGGGCGGAGGUGUGCUCCAUCACCUCAGACUACUCCACCACCUCCUCCAUGACGUUCCUGACCGGAGCCGAGCUCAGCGCCCUCAGCCCCGAGGUGCAGUCGGUGUCCGAGAGCCGGGGCGGGGAGGACGCCGACGACGAGCGGAGCGAGCUGGUCAGCGAGGGCAGGCCGAUGGAGACGGACAGCGAGAGCGACCUGUCGGUGUUCACGGUCGGCAAGGCCGAGCCGCGCGAGCCGGCCGAGGCCCCCCGGCCCCUGCCCUCGCACAGGCUCAUCGAGUGCGACACGCUCUCCAGGAAGAAGGCCGCCCAGCAGAAGACCGACAGCGAGUCCUCGCUGGACAAGGAGCCCGGCAGGCCGUCCCGCGCGUCCGGCUCGGCGAAAGGCCGCUCCACCGGGAGCCUCAGCUCCUCGUCCCGAAGCGAGCUGGACAAAACCGAGCCGGCGUGGAAACUGAAGAUCACAGACCGGCUGAAGGUGCGCCUCCGGAUGUCCGUGGACGACAUGUUCGGCGUAGGCAGCCAGAGGAGCGGCUCCCCGGAGGGCCGCAGCAAGAAGAACAUCAGGCGCCGGCACACCAUGGGCGGCCAGCGGGACUUUGCGGAGCUGUCCGUUCUCGGGGACUGGACGCAGCAGGUGGGCAUCGGCUCCGGCUCCCGCUCGGAGCUGUCGGCCGUGGACCGGCUCAAACCCAAGUGCAGCUCUCAGGACUUCUCCAUCGGGGACUGGAUCGCCCGCGAGCGCCACCGCACCAGCAACCCCGAGGUCAGCCUGGACCUCCUAGAACAGCAGGGGGCGCCGGGCCCCCAGAACCCCGGGGCCUCGGCCCCUUCCGAUUUCCAGCGUCGUCCGGCCGAGGCCUCGAACGGGGACGGCCACCCGAGUAAAAACCUGAGCCUCUCCGCCACCGCUCACCCCCAUAAACUCAGCAGUUCCCAAGUGGUCCAUUCACGCUUCUACCAGUACUUGUGA